UAGUUUGCAUUAUCGCGUAUUUCAUGAUGAUUUGAUCUUGGUACUUGUUAAAUUAAUUAAGAAUUCGUCGAAAACAACAAAAUAUCUGCCAACAACAUCGCAAUUCCUAUAAAACUCCCAAUACGCUACAGAAUUCUUUUAUUAUGUUCUAAAAUUAAAUUUAAAAAGGUUCGAUGAGUUUGUUUACUUUAAUGAAUUUAAGAAGUGCUUGUUUAUUGGUACUUCUAUUAAAUGUGGUUUCAAGUGUAGAAAUUUUUUCUUAUAUCCGGUCUGGUCGCGAAGUUAAAUUGCAUGUCAACAGGGAGAUUGAUGAUAGUAAAAUUCCUGGAAAAUGGUGGCAAACAGCGUCGUUUUAUCAAAUCUAUCCAAGGUCUUUUAAAGACAGUAACGGCGAUGGUAUAGGAGAUUUGAAAGGUAUCACUGCAAAAUUACCAUAUUUAAAGGAAAUCGGGAUAACAGCGGCUUGGAUCUCGCCAAUUUUUCUCUCACCUAUGGUUGAUUUUGGCUACGAUAUAACUAAUUUCACUGAAAUUGAUCCCAUUUUUGGCACUUUAAAUGACUUUGAUGAUCUUAUAAGAAAAGCAACUGAAGUAGGCGUUAAAAUAAUAUUAGAUUUCGUUCCUAAUCACACUAGUAACAAUUCAAUAUGGUUUCAAAAAUCUAUUGAUCGUGACUCUGAAUUCGAAGAUUUUUAUAUUUGGCAUCCUGGCAAAAUUGUGAAUGGCACAAGGCAACCACCAACAAAUUGGAGAAGCGCAUUCCGAGGAAGCGCUUGGGAAUGGAACGAAAAACGUCAAGAAUAUUAUUAUCAUCCGUUUUUGGCUGAGCAACCUGAUUUAAACUAUCGUAAUCCAAAAGUCAAGGAAUAUAUGAACGACGUUUUAAGAUUUUGGCUUAAGAAAGGUGUUUCGGGUUUUCGGUGCGAUGCUGUUCCAAAUGUUUUUGAAAUUGCUGCUGAUGCUGAUGGAAACUAUCCUGAUGAGCCACGCAAUUUUCUCAUCGAUGAUCCAGAAACGUAUAAUUAUGUUCAACAUAUUUACACUGUUGACCAACCAGAAACUAUUGAAUUGGUUCUUGAAUGGAGGCAACUGUUGGAGGAUUUCAAAGCCAAAAACGGGGGUGACGAGAGGAUUCUUAUGAUCGAAACAUGGUCUCCAAUUGAUAUAGUUAUGCAAUAUUAUGGGAACAUAACUCACCCGGGUGCUCAAAUUCCCUUCAAUUUUCAACUAUUAAGUUAUUUAACACACGAGUCCGAUGCAAAUCAUUUUGUACAGGUUAUCAGUUCUUGGUUAGACAAAAUGCCUGAAGGAAACACAGCUAAUUGGGUCCUUGGAAAUCAUGACAAUUCACGAUUGGGUACACGUUUCGGAGUAAGUAGUAUUGAUACGCUGCAUAUGUUGUUGAUGACACUGCCCGGAUGCAGCAUUACAUAUCAAGGUGACGAAAUUGGUAUGACUGAUGUUUGGAUUUCAUGGGAUGAUACCGUUGAUCCUCAAGCUUGUAAUUCAAGUCCAGAAAUGUAUGAGAAACUUUCUAGGGAUGUCUGUCGCUCUCCAUUUCAAUGGAGUGAUGAAAUAAAUGCUGGAUUCUCAUCUGCAAACAAAACUUGGCUUCCAGUAUCCGAUUUGUAUACCCUAGUCAAUGUGAAGAAGGAACGAGCAAUUUCUUUUAGUCAUCUUAACAUUUACAAGCAAUUACAAAGCUUGAGAUCUGUAAAAACACUUCAACGUGGGGAUGUGGAAGUGAAAGCUAUAAACCCUUCCGUUUUAGCUGUUAAGAGGUCCUUGAAAAAGAACUAUACUUAUAUAACAUUAAUGAAUUUAUUCAACGAAGUUGAGUCUGUGAAUUUGGAAAUAGUUUUUAAUAAGAUUCCACUGGAGCUCGAGUAUGUUGUUGUAACUGACAAAUCCCAGAGUAGAAAAGGUGAUAGAGUACUCGCUGAUGAUAUAACAUUGUUGCCUAAGGAAUCGAUUGUACUUCGAACUGUUAAUUGAAAUAUGUAAUUAAAAAAAUUUGUUUUUAAAAAUCAUUUUAGUUUCCUUUUAAAAGAAAAUACCUAAGCAAAUUUGUAUGGAAUGUUGACGUCACGUAGCCCUGGUCAUCUUUUUAAGUAAUAAAGUCUAACAUA